AUGAGCCAAGAUCAGCAACACCCGGGAAACUUCCCACCCAAGGACAACGGGGCAUCCAACAACCCCAAGGGCAAGGGAAAGGCCGCAGAAGGAGAGGGGUCUGGUUCUAUGGUUGACCGCAUUCAGGCUUCUGGAAGGCUCGCCCUCAAUGCCUUUGGCACAGGGCCAGAUUUGACUGGCCAGCAACCUGCGGGAAAGGGCAGCUCGGGUACCAGCAGUAUCGACAGAGUUUCAUCAGGCGCAGGGGAAGCAUCGUCACACAGAUUGCGCUCGGCGGCUCCGGGCGAGUCGUUGCGCUCACAGGCACAUUCCGAUUCCACGGCUUCGGCGCAAGCGUUCAACGACUUUGUCAGCGCCGACUCAACACUGGAAGUUGAGGACCUGGUCCAUCCUCACCACCUCCAACACCAGAACUUGCAUGACACAUUCCCCUCAAGAGGCGCGGCAGUGGCCGAGCAGGAAAGGUUCGACGGUGCAGCCGUUGUCAGUCUCCUUGACGGUCCAUCCGAUGAGCUUGACGCUGUUCUCCUAGGCGCCGAAGACCCCGAAGCUGAAGAUGACGCUUUAACACCAGAAGCUGCUGCCAAGCUUCGAGAAGCAUUAUUCUCCGCAAGCUCGUCUUCUUCUGGCCCCCGCUGGGACGACCUGCUCAACUUCAACCCCAAUUUCUUGACAGAGCCAGGACCUCUUGCAGAGGCCGAGAUGCAACUCCACCUCGGAACCACAGACAGCGCUGAAGCGAGAAGCAACUGGCUUCAGCUGUGGGGUAACGUAUUGACGGGUUACACGGAUCACGUCUGGGGAGAUCUGGAGCCCUUGGCAGCUGAGGCUCGAAGAGAGAUUGAGCAGUUGAAGGCUCGUGAUCCUGAAGUCCCUGGUCCGCCACCAGAGACGAAGGCACUGGAUCGCUUGCGGCAGAUCCUUGGUCAUGUGCGAGGAUUCUAA